CGAGAAGGUUAUACCUUUCAUAAAAUAUUUUAGUGCAAUUUGUUUACUGUUCUGUUCUAGUAAAUAAAUGAAUAAAAAUGGCUGGUGAAGUUUUUGUAGAUGCUCUUCCAUACAUUGACCAAGGUUAUGAUGAACCUGGGGUUAGGGAAAGUGCAUUAAGUCUUGUUGAAGAAGAAACAAGAAGAUAUAGGCCUACUAAAAAUUAUUUAGAGCAAUUACCUCCUAUAAAUAUUAAUGCCUUUGAGACUGAAUUAAUGAAAAAUGAAUUUGAAAGAUUACAACAGAGAUUGCCCAUGGAUACCUUAAGCAUGAAACGAUAUGAACUUCCACCUCCUCCUGCAGCAAAAAUCUCAGAUUUGUCAGCAUGGAAUGAAUGUGUAGAUAACUCAAUGGCACAAUUAGAUCACCAGGCUACUAGGAUAUGCAAUUUAGAAUUGAUGUUGGAAUAUGGUUGUGAAGCUUGGAGAGCAUACAUUGAAUUACUCAUGAGAUGUGUUUCACAUUCUCAGAAAGUACUUCAAAGCUUAAGAAAAGAAAUUCAAGAAAUCAAUUGGGAAAGGAAGCAUGCACAGAUGAAAGCAGGAGAGAAGUUGAAAAAGUUAGAAGUGAUGUGGGAUGAACUUGUGAAAAAGAACUAUGAAAUUGAACAAGCCUGUGUUGAGUUGGAAGAAAAACUGACAGAUGAACAAAAGAAAAAAUUAGAACUUUUAAAUUCAUGAUUGUUUAAAAGAUUAAUGUUCAAACUUUUACUUUUAUUUUUUUAAUCUGCAUUUCUUGACAGUAUAUGUACUUUAUAUGUUUUGCAAACAUUAAUAUAUUUAGUGUGUGCAAUAAUUUUAAGUGUAUAAUAAUUAUUUAAGUUCUUAUGUG